AUGGCCGGGAUUGUCGUGAUUUUCGAUUUCGACAAAACCAUCAUCGAUUGUGACCGCGAUAACUGGGUCGUUGACGAGUUGGGUUUCACCCGGUUGUUCAACUGGCUUCUCCCAACCAUGCCCUGGAAUUUUCUCAUGGACAAGAUGAUGGAGGAGGUUCAUGCGGAAGGGAAGACCAUCGGCGACAUUGUUGAGGUUCUUAAACGAACUCCGAUUCAUCCCAGGAUCGUCCCCGCCGUUAAAUCAGCUUAUGCUUUAGGGUGUGAACUUCGGGUUGUUAGCGAUGCAAACGUGUUCUUCAUCGAGACGAUUUUAGAACACCUGGGAAUGAGGGAAUAUUUCUCGGAGAUCAACACGAACCCUAGCUUUGUCGACCAUGAAGAGAAGCUAAGGAUCUUCCCUCACCAUGAUUUCACCCACAGCUCCCAUGGAUGCAGCAGCCUCUGUCCUCCAAAUAUUAAAGGUAAAAAGUGGGAUUGA